UAUUCCAUUUACAGCUAAGAACCAAUAUAUCAAUCGAAAGUAAGCUAAAAAUAAACAUAGAACAAUGCAAAGUGUUUUAAACACUGUCAAGGGUACGGCGUUGAAUGUGGCCGAGUACCUUACUCCUGUACUGAAGGAAUCUAAAUUUCGUGAGACUGGCGUAUUGACUCCAGAAGAGUUUGUAGCAGCCGGUGAUCACUUGGUGCAUCACUGUCCCACCUGGCAGUGGGCUGCGGGUGAUGAGUCAAAAACGAAGCCGUAUCUACCGAAAGAUAAACAAUUUUUAAUCACGAGAAAUGUGCCAUGCUACAGGCGUUGCAGACAAAUGGAAUAUGUGGGUGAAGAGACGGUAGUUGAAGAAGAGGGCGGUGAUGGUGGCUGGGUCGAGACGCACCAACUGAACGAAGAUGGUACUGCCGAAUUGGAAGAAAAAGUUUGCGAAUUGACACUUGACGAAAGCAAAGAUGAAAUGCGUACACCUGAUAGUGAGAAAAGCACCAACGGACCAGGUGUGGCUGAUGAUGAUUGCGAUGACGAUGAAGAUGAUGACGAAGCGAUUGAUAUGGACGAAUUUGAGGAGAGUGGCAUGUUGCAGUUGGUAGACCCCGCUGUAGCAACUACAACACGUAAAAUAGAACUUGACUCGACAACGAAGAGCUCUAAUGUUGCUGAAGCAACGGGUGGUGGUGAUGCUACAGACUCAGUUUUGCACACACGUACCUAUGAUUUACACAUCAGUUACGAUAAGUACUAUCAGACGCCACGUCUUUGGGUAGUCGGCUAUGAUGAGAAUCGAAAACCACUGACUGUCGAACAAAUGUACGAAGAUGUUUCGCAAGAUCACGCCAAGAAGACUGUCACCAUGGAAAGCCAUCCACAUUUGCCUGGUCCAAAUAUGGCCAGCGUACAUCCAUGCCGCCAUGCUGAUAUCAUGAAGAAAAUCAUACAAACAGUUGAAGAGGGUGGCGGAGAAUUGGGCGUGCACAUGUAUUUGAUUAUAUUUCUGAAAUUCGUGCAAACUGUUAUACCGACUAUUGAAUACGAUUUUACGCAAAAUUUUAACAUGUCUUAAAUUAACUAUUUGUACUCGCCAAUCUUAGGCAAUGCUUUUGAUCACUACGUAAGAAAUGUUAAGUACUAUUUUUUUAAGAUUUAUACUUUAAAAACGGCUUAAAUUAUGUACGACAUUAGAUAUUAAAAAUUUUGUAUAUGAUUUAUUAAACCAUACACCAUCAAUAUAAAAAUAUAUACUUUGUUCUUGCAAUAAGCAUGUAUUUAAAACACGUCUGAUAGAAAAUGCUUUAAUUCCGUUUUACUAUUUUCGCACACACAUUUAUGAUAAGAUAAAAAAGUGAAUGUUUUAAGCCAUGCUUUGUAUUUAUAAGAUUCAUUGCAAAGCAAAAGAAUAAAUAUAAACUCGCUUUACGAUUGAAAAA